UGAAACAAGAAUUUCACUGCAAAGUGAAGAGAGUCCGUGGUGGAGUAACAGAAUACUUCUUUUACUAUAGUGAAACUCCACUUUAUGAUUUCAGCUGAACAAUGAACGUAUUUCCAGAUAAAAUCUUCACUGUUGUGUGAGGGAACCAGUGGAUUACCAGCACUUACUGAAUUGAUAACAAGGAACAUCUGAGCGUGAUGGUGCUGGGUGUGAGGAUGGGACAGAUUUCACCCUGUGUGCUCGGGUUGUUCUUGCUGAUCACUCUCCUCUACUCUGGACAUGCUGAAGAUGCUGUACUGACCCUUGAGCCCAACUGGUCCACUUUCUUCACUGGAGAAUCUGUUACCUUAAUAUGUGACACGCAGGAAAGAGAGGAAACAGACUGGGAAUACCAAAUCAAGAAGGAUAGCUGGGAAUUUGUUCAGUACAAUUCCUAUAAACGCUACACAUUACAUCUCUGGACAGGCUACAGUAGUGAAUACCAGUGCUUUGCUCGCCACAGGCGCACAUAUGAAAUAAAACGCAGUAACAUCAUGUCUUUGACUGUAUCAGAUAAACCCAAGGCCACACUGCUGCCAGGCACAACAACCAUACCAGCAGGAGGCAGCGUGACACUGACCUGCUCUGUGGACGGCUCUGCUGAAUGGAAAUAUUACUGGUCCAGACAAACCUCAGGGUCUUAUGAAGAUCUGACCAUGAGAUAUGGUGAUCAAAACAGAGAGCUCAAUAUCUCACAAGGAGGCAAAUACUGGUGCACCGGAGGUCGAGGAAAUCCAGUCUUCUACACUCAUGCAAGUGAUGUGGUCCCCAUUAAGAUAACGUUUUCCAAUAAGGUCACUUUGACUCUGCAACCCAGCUGGCGUCAGAUUUUCAGUGGUGAGACGAUCACUCUCAGGUGUGAGAUCGAGGGAGGAGGAGACGUUCAGUGGGAGUAUGAAUGGAGAACACCCGUGUCGAGCACACGAUGGACAUACGUUAAUUACUGGAGCAUCAGUGCGUCUCCGUCCUACAGCGGGAGCUACACGUGUAGGGGUGCACACAGAGGGGACCAGGACUCUUCAACAGAGUGGAGUAAAGGCAUCACAAUAACAGUAUCACAUAAACCCCGGCCUGUCCUCACUGUGUCUCCAUCAUGGCUGAGUCCUGGAGCCUCAGUAACUCUGAAGUGUGAGGUUGAACUUCCAUCUGCAGGAUGGAGGUUCUACUGGUACAAGGCUGUUCCUGAUGGAUCACAGCGCUCCUACAGCUAUGAGCUGCUCCCUGGUAACAGCAGUGGGACUGAACAGGAUUCCUAUAUCGUCCAUGGUCAGACACACACAGCAGGAUAUGUGUGUAAGGCUGGAAGAGGAGACCCAGUGAUUUACACUGAGACUAGUGAACUAAAGUUUGUCUGGUCUGGAGAUGUUCGUCCAUCAGCGUCUCUCACAGUGAGUCCUGACAGAGUGCAGCACUUCACCUCUGACUCUGUCUCACUGAGCUGUGAGGGAAACUCUACUGAGUGGAGAGUGAUGAGGUUUGCUGAGGGUGACUACCUGUCCUGCUCUGACUGGGGGAGAAUGACUGGAUCAAUAUGCAACAUUCAUAGUUUACAGUACGCUGAUGCAGUGUACUGGUGUGAGUCUGGAUCUGGAGAGUUCAGCAAUGCAGUCAACAUGACUGCAGAUACUGGUAUUAUCCUGGUGAGUCCUGUCCAUCCUGUGGCUGAGGGAGCAUCUGUCACCCUCAGCUGCAAGCUGCGGCCGGAAAAUGUCCUUUCUAAUGUGAUUUUCUAUAAAAAUGACAAACUCAUCCAAAACGACACCAGACGGGAGCUGACCAUCCCUGCAGUGUCAAGGUCACAUGAAGGCUUUUAUAAAUGUAAAGGAGAAACUUCACUGCGGACAUUGCGGAGCGGGGCGUCACUGGAGAGUUGGAUGUCAGUGAAAUCAGUGUCCGGACCUGAAGACUCUUGGUUUCCUGUGCCGCUGAUCGUUGGGUUGGUUUGUGGACUUUUACUGAUCGUUCUCCUGCUGCUGCUUUUUCGCUACAGAAAGACAAAAAAUUCAUGCUUUAUCAGGUCUCAGAGCACCAAUCAGAGCUCUGCUACAGACCACAUGAUGAAACAGGAUGAAACCCAGUGUAGGAAAUACACUUCUCCUCUCCAUGAUGAAUCCAGGGAUGUCACAUAUUCUGUAAUUGAGCUUGAAAACGUCGCUAAAAACAAUGACAAACUCAUGUAUGCCCAGUUGGUCUUCCACAAAAAAGGAAGAUCAGCUCCUGCAGCAGCUGAUAAAACAGUUUAUUCUGAAAUCAAAGUUGGACCAACUCAUGAUCAAUAAAGAGAUCGACAAAACCGCUGGAAUGUGUGACAACAUGAAAACGACAUCUUUAUUUAGGAAAUAUUUUCAGCUUUUAUGUACUGAAACCCUUCUGUGCAACUCUGCUAUCAAAAUAUAAAACUUUCAUUUGUACAGGUUAUGUAAUGGCAAAGACAUAAUAUGAACUUAAUCCAUUUUUCUUGGUGAAAAGACAACAUAUAAUUUAAUAUAAUAUAAUAUAAUAUAAUAUAAUAUAAUAUAAUAUAAUAUCCAAAACAUUGCGUGGACAUUGCGUGGACAUCGGGGGCAGUGUCUCUGGAGUGGCAAACCGGGUGGUGGUCCCCAUCUUUAAGAGGGGUGACCAGAGGGUGGAAUUACACUCCUCAGCCUCCCCGGUAAGGUCUAUGCCAGGGUACUGGAAAAGAGGGUCGAACCUCAGAUUGAGGAGGAGCGAUGUGGUUUCGUCCUGGACGUGGAACUGUGGACCAGCUCUUUACCCACGCUAGGGUGCAGGAGGGAGCAUGGGAAUUUGCCAAUCCAGUCCACAUGUGUUUUGUGGAUUUGGAGAAAGCUUACGACCGUGUCCCCAGGGGCUCCCUGUGGGGGGCGCUCCGGGAGUAUGGGGUGGAUGGCCCCUUGUUAGCAGCCAUCAAGUCCCUGUACCAAAGGAGUGUGAGUCUGGUUCGCGUAGCCGGCAGUAAGUCGGACCUGUUCCCGAUGAGGGUUGGACUCCGUCAGGGCUGCCGUUUGUCACCGGUUCUGUUCAUAACUUUUAUGGACAGAAUUUCUAGGCGCAGCCGGGUGGUGGACAGGUUUGGGUUCAGUGGCGGGAGGAUCUCGUCUCUGCUUUUUGAGGAUGAUGUGGUCCUCUUAGCUUCAUUCAGCACCGACCUUCAGCUCUCGCUUGGGCGGUUCGCAGCCACGUGUGAUGCGGCUGGAAUGAAGAUCAGCACCUCCAAGUCUGAGACCAUGGUUCUCAGCCGGAAACGGGUGAAUUGCCCGCUCCGGGUCGGGGGGGGGGGUCCUUCCUCAGGUGGAGGAGUUUAAGUAUCUCGGGAUCCUGUUCUGGACCUCUUUGUUGAGGCUGCUGCCUCCGCGACCCCGAUCUGGAUUAGUGGGAGACAACGAGUACGAGUAAUAUAAUAUGCCCUUUUAAUAUCUAUGCACUGUAUGUUGUCACUUAAAGUUUUAAAUCUGUUUAUAACAUUUAAUUUAUUGUAUGCGAUAAACUCUUAUCCGACAUCACAUCCUGUUUUCUUCGUCUUCCUAAAAAUGAAUCGCUAGGUACUACAUGCAGGUUUUUUCACCUGGAUGUUCAGGUGGAAGUUCAGUUGAUCCUUUAUGCAUCAAUAAAUAUUUGUUCCAGCACAGUUUCACAAUGAUCAUUGAGACUUAAGACCAAAACACAGGUUACCUUUCCAGACUGUACAUAGGCUACUGUGCACAGUGUUUGUUGGGAGAUGUUACUAUGACUGUUUCUUUAUCACUAUAAUGAAUUUUGAGAAUGUUUGCUUAUUUUUUAUUUUGGAUUUGAACCCGCCUCUUGACGGCAUUUAGAUGAAGCUUGAAGGUUGAGGUUGAACAUCCAUCUGCAGGAUGGAGGUUCUACUGGUACAAGGUUGUUCAUGAUGGAUCAUACCACUACUACAACUAUGACCUGCUCCCUGGAAGCAGCAGUGGGACUGAUCUAACGGACAAUACCAAUUAUGAUUACGGAUAUGACCAGAGAAUUUUUAGCACAUGGUCAGAUAUACAUGACUCCUACAGCUAUGAGCUGCUCCCUGGAAGCAGCAGUGGGACUGAACAGGAUUCCUACAUCGUCCAUGGUUAGACACACACAGCAGGAUAUGUGUGUAUAGCUGGAAGAGGAGACCCAGUGAUUUACACUAUGUAUAGUGAACCAAAGUUUGUCUGGUCUGCAGGUGAGUUUGGCUUUUAAUUUCUUUCUUUAAAGAAGCAGAUGUUUUGUCACCGAGUCAGUCUGUUCAGCUGUUUGACUGUGAUCAAGUUAUGUUGAGGACAAUGACGCCAUCACCAGUCCAAACAUGUAGUUUCCAACUCACUCAGUGAUUUUAACAUAUACUUGAUGAGGCUGAUUUUCUUUUACAUCAGCGUAGCCCCUGAACCCCCUGUCAUACUGACACAGGAUUUGUGUGAAUAUUGAAGACUAUGAAGAACAUGAACUUCCCCCUAUCUUUAUUUCCUUCUGUUCUUACAUCUUUCUUUCUUCAUUUGUCCCUAAAUCGCCAAACUAGAGAUGAAAUCAUAACAGAAAUUGUUUGAACUCAUAUCUUUUCCAGAUGUUCAUCCAUCAGUCUCUCUCAGUGAGUCCUGACACUUACAACCCCAGUAAUGCAGUGUACUGGUGUGAAUCUGAAUCAGGAGAGUUCAGCAAUGCAGUCAACAUCACUGUACAUGAUAAAGGUGUUAUCCUGGUGAGCCCUGCCCAUCCUGUGACCGAGGGGGGUCUGUUACUCUUGGCUGCAAAUUACAGAAAUUAAAGAGGGCGCGGUAUCCGUCCCGCAUGGUUUUCUAUCACAGUGACAAAAUCAUCCAAGACGACACCAGGGUGAAACUGAAUAUCAGUGCGGUGUCAAAGUCGGAUGAAGACUUCUACAGGUGUGAAUAUUCGGGAGAAAAAUCACAGCAGAGUUGGAUGUCGGUAAAAUUGUCAGGACCUUUAUUUCUUCUGUCGUUGCUCAUUGGGCUGGUUUGUGGAGUCGUACUCAUUAUUCUCCUGCUCCUGUGUUGCUAUAGGAAACCCAAGGAUCUCUAAAGAAAUACAAAAUCAACAAAAACCAAAUAAGGAUGGAUGCCACUAUGGAAGACUACAUUCUCGUGUGGACCAUACGUGCAGCUUUUAUAUAACCAAUAUGUGCAACUCUGCUCUUCAAAUGUCAAAAUUCUCAUUAUUUUAUACAGUGAAUAAGCAGAUUAUGUAAAAAAAAAAAAAAAAAAGUGUUUCUGCAUACCAUUUAUCUUUUAGUACAUUUAUUUUGCCGCUAUCUUUUAAAGCUUUUAUAGGAAGCUUUGAAUGCAUGACAGUUUGAGGUGACAGAGUCUCAGCACUCUGCUGAUUGUGCAGCCUCAAAGACACCCUUUGUUUUUGUAUUAAAUGACCAAUGCUGGAUCCCUGAUAUCCACAACUCAUUUUUCAAUGAGUAAUGAUCUGUCAUCAAAGAACAGAUGAAAGUCUUCCUGCGUGUCUUCUAAAAUCAAUCAAUAGGGUAUUGCAUGUCAUUUUUUCAGCUGUUCCUUUUGUGUUCUUUAAAGCUUCUUGGGAGCAAUAAAUGUCAAAAACGGUCAGCUCCUUGUUUUAUUUAUUUAUUGCUUUCAUGUAAUUCUUCAUGUAAUCCUCUCCGCACAGUUGGGUGUCCCAUAGUUCACAGGUGCACUGCUGGAAAAAUUCAAACAAAUGGACAGUGACAGAAAACCAGAAAAGUCCUCGAAAAACAAAAAUCUUUGGUGCUUUUUCAACGCUGAAUGUUUUACCCCAAUUUUAUGCUACAAACUACAAUAUUAUAUUAUCUGUUCUACUUAUCUUUACACUACACUGUGUUGCAGUUAUUUGAGAAAACUUAAUUCUCUACACUGUCCAAACAGGACAGUGUAGAGAAUUGAGUUUUGUUUUGUUUAAAGAAUCAAUUUAUAUUUAGAUUGAAAUGAACUUUUGUCUGUGUGUUCAAAGCAGAAGUCAGUUUUCACCUUAGUGUGGGAACUGGAGGCUUUUCUCUGCUCACUGCUCGCCACCUUUCCAAGAUCACAUUCACCACUGAUGUAAAUUUAAAUGCAGUUUUCUUAAUAUUUUGCGAAACAUAGUUUUGAUGCUUCAGUGAUGUCCCUCACUCGUAAGUCUCUUUGGAUA